GCGCAUAUGAGCAUGUCAUUGGGAGCCAGCUAGCCCAGUCGCUCUGGAGAUACUCCACGUAACAUCUAACGCACGCUUCCAUGGUCUGAUUGGCACUUUCAGUUUGCCUAUCGGUAGUGGCAUGAUAGGCAGACGAAAGCUUUGAUGUGAACUUGAGUUAUCGUAGGAUGUCGCGUAAGAAAUGCAACGCAAAGGUAGGCUCCCGGUCCGAAACGAUGAGCUUGUCUGUCUGCUUCUGGCGCUCUGUUCUCUGGACGAUCCGACCUGCCCGCGCAAGAGUGAGCCAUGGUGGCAGUAUCGUGCCCUCUGCAGGAAUUGACCGCACCGGCGGCCAUGUACCCCGACGCCUGACCUACCAUGUCUGUGAUCCACGUAAACGUGUUGGCCCAUACCCGCCGGCGCACAAGUUCCCGUGGUUGCCCGUGGCGGUGCCACGCCCCCCUCCCCCUUUCGAUCGUCCAGUCCCUUUUCCGCUGGCUGCCCUGGCCUGCAUCAAAGCGCGCCUACCUCAUAUCAUACAAGGACCAUGGAGAGGACCAUCAGCCGCGCGUCCAUCCAUCCCUUUGAGCGGCAGAACGAAGCGGCCUGGGUUCACAACCCUCGUCGAUGCAAGUAAAUACACCUUCUCGUCGUCAGCGCAGAAAGCGGCGGCAAUGAACAAUGCGUGCGAAUAGGCGCAGCUGCUAACACCGCUGCCGUAUGCAGCAAACACGCACAUUUGCUGGCCGCCCGACCACCAGUCACGCCGAGCCAAGGGUUCCCCUGCCCAGGAAGUGAGAUGCGCCCGCAACGCUGCGCACCUCGUUGGGCACUUGGUCAUAGUCGUCGGCA